CUUGAUUUGACCUUCAUUCGUUAAAGCUUUCGCUGACUUGUUGGUUUUUCUAUAUUGAUUGCGCCAUUUUGUUCUUUACUUCAUGAUAUUUAUUCCCAGUGUUCAUCAAAGGUUUUAGCUGUAUCAUCUAGGAAAACAACAAAUUCUUCAAGAAAAUAAAUGAAAACAUAUCCAGUCGCCAGCAUAUAGUCUCGGUCGACUUGUCGUGACAUCACGAAGGCAUUCUUAGUACCCAGGCCUUUAGCAAUGUUUUGUUUCUACAGCAUUCGAUUCGAUUUGAAAUUGAAGUUUAGGUCAUCACCCUUGAAGUUUGAACGUUCGCAAUCUUCAUGUGUAUUCUGUAAAAAUGUAUGGAGGCGGGCAGAGAAGUUUAAAUGCGAGUACAAAGCAAAGAAGUCUCUCAACUGGUGAUCUGAAAUCUACCCAGAGAGCUGGAGAGCAGCAAACAAAAAUUGUUAAUCAAAGUAUUACAAAAAUUGAAACACAUUAUCCACAGCUAGUACAAGAUUUCAACACAUACAUCGUAAGGACUGCUAAGCUGCGAGAUUCCGGUGAUAACUUGCAAAAGAGCUUUACGGCUUAUGCCUCAGAAGAAUCUCCUGCUCUCAAAGGGGGUCUUGAAGCCUUUGGUGAAUGUUUUGCUGCAGUGCAGGAUCUAAGAAAUGCAUUAGUAAGACGAUUAGACUCCAAGGUUCUACAAAAGUUUUCUGUUUAUGAAACACGAUGCAAACAAGCACGCGAAGAUCUCAGGCAACAUGCAACCGCACAUAUGAAAGAACUAAACGAGCACAAAAGCCUAGAAAGACUGAAAGCCAAAUCUCCAAAUCAGAAUUUUAAAUUGGCACAAGCAGAGACAAAAUUCCAAAAAGCUGCAGAUGAAGCAAAUCGAUCAAUACAAAUAUUGACAGAACAAGUAACCUCGUUUCAUCAGCAGAAGGCCAAAGAUCUUAAGCAGAUAUUUGGAGAUUUCUUGUUAAGUGAAAUGAUGUUUUAUGCAAAGGCAUUAGAGAUUUACACAACAGGCUAUCAGGAGCUAAUGAAGGUAAAUGUUGAUCAAGAAGUUGAAAAUAUUAGAGGAUCGUUGAGAUGGAACCCGCUUUCAUUUGGACAAAAUGACUUCAUCACUGCUUAUGGUGGAUCUGCCCCAAAUCUUUUAGAAGGUGACAACAGACCAACACCAAGUCCAGGUUAUAACAGUGAUACAAUGUAAAUGAGAUGAAGAAAUAAAAGUUAUUGAUAAGAUGAAAAUAUUUGUCCUAGUUGUUUUAAAUUUCACCAAAGUACUUUUAGGUCACCAUUGAUGUAUGUGCUGCUUUUUAAAAUGACUUGAGGUGGGUGCUAUCUGAUAUUUAUUUUGCAUGUCUAAUGUUGUAUAUAAAUAUUUGAUGUGCAUUUCCCCAGGCUUUAAAAAAUGGAUAUUGAUAUACCAAAAUGUAAUUUACUUUGCAGUUAUAUUUUCAUAAUCUGAUGCAUUUAAUCAUGCUAUAGUGCCAUCCCUUAAUUAUUCCAUGAAAGGUUGUCAGUUUGUUUGCAGCAUCUUUUCAUGACUCAUAUUGAAAUUCGAGAAACAUUUUUUUCCUUUUUCUCAUUUUGAUAUAAGCUAUCAAACCUUAUGACAGAGCCUUAAAACAACUGCAAGUUUUAAAUAGCAGCGAGGUAUUUGCCACAAAAUACUAUUGAUAUCAAACAGUAUUAUAGUUUCUGUUUCAGACUAAACUCAUUAUAGAAGCUAAAAACUGCUCAAAGACAUUAACUUUUAUUUGUUCAACUGUUGUUAAAAGUAAAGGGCUCGCUUAUUGACCACUUCCAAUUGAGAACUGUGCACAAAUCAGCAAUAAAAGUUAUGAACAUUGAUAUCUAUAAUAACAUACAUUCAGAUUUUAAAGAAAUUUUAUGUAAAAGUAGAUGUUUUAGGAGUUUUUCUGAACACUGUAGUUAUGUAAAUGAUUGUAUUAUUAAACUAAAGAAAGACAAUUAUAAGACUAUAGCUGUUUUUUAACAAAGAA